AUGAAUACAACAGCACUAAAUUCAUCAUUACUAUCUAAAUUUAAAACAAAUACAUCUAUUGGAGAAAUAUUUAACCAUAUGAUGGUCGAACAAUGGAAUUCAUCUAUUAUGUUUGAAAGCUACUAUAAACCAUGUCAACCAUUAGAAUGUACGUUAAGUGUAACUACAAGGAAUGAUGUUAUAUACAUUGUUACAGCCGUAUUUUGGCUUCUUAGUGGUUUGAUUGCUAUUUUAAGAUUUAUAGUGUUCCACGGAGUCCAUGAACAAUUAGCAGUCUUACCGAAAAUUCAAAAAGCAUUUUGA